UUUCAGCCGAUAUGGUGUUGCUCAUGGUUGUCAGGAAUCUGUUUUAACCGAGCUGAUUAACAGUCACUAUUUCAUAUGAGUCUUCCGAAAUAAAUACUGUCUUUAAAAUAUGUAAUUGAAUGUUAAUUAAGAAUCUCUACUUGUCAUUAUGAAUUCAAGGAAAAGAAGUGGCUCAGGUUCUAAGAGGCAGUUAAAGGAAAAGAUAGUACAGAUUUAUGAAUCAUUCUUCAAAGGUGAUGAUUUGUCUAGACUGAAUCCUAAUUUUUGGGAUGAACUGUUUUUAUUAAAGCCAAAGGUAUCACAUUUAGAAAAUGAAAUCUUAAGGCUUAACGAAGAACAAUUAUUGGCUGCGAAGGAGAAUAUCAACUGUUUGUUUGUUCAGUGUAUUGAAACGUUAGGAAAUGAUCAUCAGCUGCGAAUCGUAUAUGCACUCCAAACAUUGUGUGCAAUUACUAGUGCUGUUUAUAAGACCUCUGGACAGUGUGGUUUUGAUGUUAUAGAUAUUCUCCUUGGUUUUGACACUGCUGAGCAGCGGAUGAAAUUGUUGUUAAAUCACUGUAAUAACUUAUUGAGUGGAGAGUCAGCGCCUAACCUAAAAUCUCUGUGUUUGAAAUUGUUACUUCUUAUGGUCACAGGGAAUGACAAUGUCAGUCAAAAUACUUUACUUGAAUUCGUAAUGCUUAACAGUGUUUUCGAAACAUUAAUACAGCUACUGUGUGAUACACUUAGUAGAAUACAUCAUGGUCAUGAUGUCGUUCUUCUCCUAACGCUUCUGAUAAAUUAUCGGAAACAUGAAUCGGCCAAUCCUUACAUUGUUAAGUUGUCUAUUCUCGAUGAUGAGCUUGCUUUAAAUGGAUAUGGUCAGGUUAUAUCGUGGUCGCUGUCAGAAUUCUGCCGUCCUUUCAGCCAGGACCAGAAAGAACCUCAAAGUGGAAAUUGGUUUUCAUCACUGUCUAAUAUCAUCGGUAACAUGUUCCUCUCUGAAGAUACAGGCACAAGAAAUCAACAGAUUAGGGCUAACAAUGGUGUUUUGGUCGCACUUUACGAAGCUGUGCACUUAAAUAGGAAUUUCGUUAGUACUUUAGCGCAGACCCAAGCCGAAGUAACCGCUCCUAGUGAGACGGAACCAGUUCCAGAGCCUACUAACUUGUUAGGAACAUUUUUUCAAUAUUGUUCGAUUGUGAUGCAAGACACAAAAUGUGAGGCAAGCCAGAACACAGUCAAACUGUGUUUUGUUGUACUCACGUGCGUAGCAGAAGAUCAUUAUGCAAAUUCUGUGAUGCACGAUGUCAAUCUAGUCUUUAAAAUUCACCUACAUAGGUUGCCAAUGCGCCAUAGGAACAUAUCAGAAAAACCUUCACAGACCCUUGCUAAUACUUUAUUAGAUUUACUCGUGGAAUUUGUAAUGAGCCAUAUGAUGAAGAAGUUACCAUUGGAAUUGUAUUUGUUAUGCGUCGGAGUCAUGCAUCGAGUACUGUGUUACCAAAAAAGGUGUAAAGUAAGACUCAUUUACCAGUGGAAGGAACUUUGGGCCUCCCUCAUAGCGCUAUUGAAAUUUAUAAUCGCCAACGAAGCGCAUCUGGCGAAGAAAAUGAAUGUCUUUCAUCUAGCCCAUCAGGUGAUUAACAUCUUCAAUUUAUUUAUCACAUACGGCGAUACAUUCCUUCAUUCUCCAGCUAAUUACGAUGAGUUGUAUUAUGAAUUAAUACGAAUGCACCAGGUUUUCGAUAACGUCUACUCGAUGGCAUAUCGUUACUCUGCAAUGGAGGGAGAAUUUAAAGAUACAGCGUUGAAACUAACCAAUAGUUUAGUUAACGUAAGAGCCAUAAUAAAUCACUUCACUCCCAAAAUUGAUGCAUGGCUUGCCGGGCAAGGUUUAUCUACUCCUACAGAAGAGCAGAUUCUUGAUGUUGUCAGAAAAAGUUACGAUAGUCUUACAUUAAAACUCCAAGACAGCUUGGAUCAGUAUGAACGAUAUACUGAAAACCCCAGACAUUCAGCAUUUUUCACCGCAAUGGUGAGAAAUGUUGUGAGUGAUACGAGGCAAAGUAUUGAUUUUGCAACGUUAGAUCUUCAGUCUAUUUUGCAAGAAUUUUCGACAAUCACAUGAUGGCUGUUGCGAAGUGAUGGGCCUUUGAUAAUGCUAUGCAAUUCUUCCCAUAUAGCGUGCAUAGAGCUGUCGAUUUACGUGUACGUUCAGUCGAGGCUAGCACUCUUCGAAGACCUUAGUCAUCACCACUGUUUUUUUGUAUGAUUCCAUCGUAACGCAUUUCUUUGUAAAUAUUACCUCAUUAAAUAACAUAUCCUUAUCAAGUAACUUGUAGGAGAUGUAUGGCUCUAAAGGAUGUAUAUCAGAAUGUUUUUAAGUUGU